UACAACUGUACGAGUGCAUAGUUGCACACGGGAUCGUCUAGAGAGGCCCAUAGUUCAAAAAAAUCGUCAAAAACAUCAUUUGUUAUACAGCGGGCUGGGCUUCUCUUCCGCGGUCAGCCUCUUCCUCUUCACAACUGCUUCUCCAUCGACCGAGACGACCCACAGCCAAACGCCCAGACAGGGACGAGCUAACGAGCAACGACUGCACCGGAGUCCAACCCACCGCCUAUCGGUGCUAGCUCGUCCCAUCUGCGCCGCACUGCUUCCCUGCGCUCUUAUCCCACUAACGCAACAAACAUAUCCAUGAACUCUAGCUCUACUUACCGCCGUGAAGAAGAAGAAGAGGAGAAUGAAUUCGGCGAAGAGGUGUUCCUCGAAGAAAGCGAUAUCAUACAGGAAAUCCCAGUGGAUGAAGAAGAGCUUCCAGAUGCUGAUGAAGAUGGAGAUGAUGAUUACGGCAUUGAGGGAGCAGCAGAUGAAGACGAUUCCGUGCAUAUUUUCACAGGCCAUACCGGUGAACUUUACACUGCCUGCUGCAGUAGCACAGAUGCUACUUUAGUUGCAACGGGGGGUGAAGAUGAUAGAGGAUUUAUGUGGAGGAUUUGUCAAGGAGAUUUUGCUUUUGAAUUACAAGGUCACAGUGAGUCAGUAUCCAGCUUAGCAUUCAGUUAUGAUGGCAAGCUGCUUGCAUCAGGAAGCCUCGAUGGGCUUACAAAAGUUUGGGAUGUAACUACGACAACCCUGAAGCGCACACUUGAAGGUCCAGAUAAGGGAAUUGAGUGGCUCAGGUGGCAUCCUAGAGGACAUUUGGUCUUGGCUGGGUCAGAGGAUGGCAUUGCUUUCUUGUGGAAUGGUGACAAUGGUGCUUGUCUUAAUACAUUCACAGGUCAUGCACAAAGUGUGACCUGUGGUGAUUUCACUCCUGACGGUAAAACAAUUUGUACUGGAUCAGAUGAUGCCAGUUUGAGGGUUUGGAACCCACGAAGUGGUGAAAGCAUCCAUGUUGUGAGAGGCCAUUCAUAUCACAGAGAUGGACUGACAUGCAUGGCAAUCAGUUCAGAUUCAACACUAGCUCUUACUGGCUCAAAGGAUGGCUCUGUUCACAUUGUGAACAUUACAACUGGGAGGGUUGUCAGCUCUUUGAGCGGUCAUUCAGAUUCAAUUGAAUGUAUUGGACUUUCUGCAAGCAAUCCUUGGGCGGCAACAGGAAGCAUGGAUCAGAAGCUCAUUAUUUGGGAUCUACAACAUUCAUCGCCUAGAUGCACGUGUGAACAUGAGGAAGGAGUCACAUGCUUGAUUUGGCUUGGUAAAUCAAACUAUGUUGCUACAGGCUGUGUUGAUGGGAAAAUAAGAAUUUGGGAUAGCCUUUCUGGUGAUUGUGUGAAAACUCUAAGUGGACAUUCUGAUGCCAUUCAAUCUCUAGCUUCAUCUUCAGAUGGUGAUUACCUUGUUUCUGCUUCAAUUGACAGGACUGCCCGUGUGUUUGAGAUAAAGGAGUUCAAGUAACAAAAAAUGCUGAAUUUUGUCAUGAUUGACAUGUACUAAUGUUUUGUUUUUUCUUUUACAAACUGUUGUAACUUAUAUAUAGAGUUUUUAUAUUGCUUCCCAUUUUAAACAGAUUCUUGCAAGUUGCAACCACAUGGGUUAUUAGUCUACUUAAAAUGAAC